ACGUGAUGCUCAUCGAACACACCGGGUCGUAAAUUUUCAUCCAAGUGGACCGAAGUUGUGACUUUUGUAGCUUCUUCAAACUUGAAGAAGAGGUUGCUUGAAAGAGGCUGUUUGUCAGUGCUUUGGCUACUGCCUACCUUCAGAAUGAUGCAACCACCAAUUAUCCUCCUUCAGGAGGGAACAGACACCUCACAGGGCAAGGGCCAGUUGAUCAGCAACAUCAACGCCUGCUCGGUAGUUGUGGAUGCUAUUCGUACCACUCUAGGACCCCGUGGCAUGGACAAACUUAUCGUUGAUUCGAAUGGUAAGACGGUGAUUUCCAACGAUGGUGCAACUAUUGUCAACCUCUUGGAUAUCGUCCACCCCGCUGCGCACAUUCUCGUCGAUAUUGCAAAGUCGCAGGAUGCUGAGGUUGGUGAUGGAACAACUAGCGUCGUCCUCCUGGCAGGCGAAUUCUUGACACAGGCCAAGCCGUUCAUUGAGGAAGGUGUGCAUCCACUUCUAAUUGCCCGCAGCUUCCGCAAGGCAACUAGUUUGGCUAUUGAGAGAAUUAAUGAAAUCUCCAUCAAGGUCAAGCGCGACAAUCUCGAGGAACAACGCGCCAUGCUUGAGAAGUGCGCCUCCACCUCACUCAGUAGCAAGCUCAUCUCUCAUCAGAAGAGCUUCUUCUCCAAGAUGGUUGUCGACGCUGUCAUGCAGCUUGAUGAGAAUCUCCCGCUGAACAUGAUCGGAGUAAAGAAAGUACACGGUGGAUCACUGGAGGAUACUCGUCUCAUUGCUGGGGUAGCAUUCAAGAAGACGUUCUCCUAUGCUGGCUUUGAGAUGCAACCCAAGCAGUAUGAGAAGCCAUCAAUUGUCCUCCUCAACAUCGAGCUAGAGUUGAAGUCUGAGCGUGACAACGCAGAGAUCCGCAUUGAUAGUGUUGAGGAGUACCAGGAGGUUGUCGACGCUGAGUGGACUAUCCUGUACGAGAAGCUGCAGAAGAUCGUCGACAGCGGUGCCAAGGUCGUCCUGUCUAAGCUGCCCAUUGGUGAUGUUGCUACUCAGUUCUUUGCCGACAGGGAUGUAUUCUGUGCAGGCCGUGUACAGGAUGCUGAUCUGAAGCGCACAAUGAAGGCGUGCGGUGGCAGCAUCCAGACGACAGCCAAUGACCUCAACAAAGCGGUGCUUGGAACAUGCGAGUCCUUCCGCGAGGAGCAGAUCGGCGGAGAAAGGUACAACAUCUUCACCGGCUGCCCGCAGGCCAAGACCUGCACGCUGAUUCUGCGCGGUGGCGCGGAGCAGUUCAUCGAGGAGACGGAGCGUUCGCUGCACGACGCCAUCAUGAUCGUGCGCCGUGCACUGCGUAACGACAGCGUAGUGGCUGGCGGCGGUGCCAUUGAGAUGGAGCUAUCGCGACAGCUGCGUGACUAUGCCCGCACCAUUGCCGGCAAGCAGCAACUGCUCAUCUCCGCAUACGCCAGGGCACUGGAGGUGAUCCCACGACAGCUGUGUGAGAACGCCGGCUUUGACUCCAUCAACAUGCUCGACAAGCUGAGAUAUGAACACUCCAAGGAGGGUGGCAUCUGGUAUGGUGUCGACAUCAUGAAGGAAGACGUUGUCGACAACUUCAGCUCGUUUGUCUGGGAGCCGUCGAUCAUGAAGGUCAACGCUCUCACUGCCGCCAGCGAGGCAGCCUGCCUGAUCCUUUCCGUCGACGAGACCAUCAAGCACCAGCAGUCACAGCAAGACCUGCCGCCAGGAGGUAUUCCCGGUGGCAUGGGGGGCAUGGGUGGAAUGCCUGGUGGUGGAAUGCCCGGCCGAGGCCGUGGCCGACCCAUGUAACAUCAUACCUUCACCCACAUCCAUUAACAAUGUCAUCAUCAUCAGCAUCAUCAUGACAUCAUAUUUUUUAUCUUUUCGAAAACCGGCUGGUUGGUCACGGUUUCAUACAAAUACGAACCGAAAAAUACGGUAGCUUUGGAGAGCACUGGAUUUCUGUGUUGAAA